CAGCCGCGCCGGAUCGGCGGUUUUUUCCAGAAAGUAGAACACCGCCAGAAAGUGCUGGCUUUUUCUUUACUCUAACCGACUACGAGCGUGCGGGGUGGUAUCAUUUCAACUGCGAAAGGGAAUGCGGGGGCGUCGGCGUUGUCACCUUUGUCGGAAGUGCUCUUAUCAAGAGCCCCCCAGAGGAGUGGCCUCCGUGCAGGAGUCGCACUGUCGCAAUAAUACUGGGCCAGUGCCGUGCUCGUGCAGCUCUCGGAUGCAACUCGCUUGGGCUAAACGCGAAGGCCGAGCGGCGCCUGGCUCGCGUUGCGCGACGGGCGCGAAGAACAUG